AUGGUGGCCUCGGCCGCUCUUGAUGUCGAUCUUGACUCACCAGGUCUGCUCUCGCAUCAACCUCACUACACGCAAAAUAUCAUAACUGACAGAACCCCUCCAGACUCCAUCAAGACUGCAGCAAAAGCCGUAGCCUCCAACCUGAUGUCCUACUACAAAGGCGACGACUACGGCCAAACCCCAGGCAUCCUACCAGGCCCACCCCCCGCAGGCGACUACUACUGGUGGGAGGGCGGCGCCCUCUGGGGCACGUUGGUAGACUACUGGCACUGGACAGGCGACACAACUUGGAACUCCGUGACCCAGUCCUCGCUCCUCUUCCAGGCGGGCGCACCAGACAACUCGUACCAGCCCAACAACUGGACGCUGUCCCUGGGCAACGACGACCAAGGGUUCUGGGGCAUGAGCGCGAUGCUGGCGGCGGAGAACAAGUUCCAGGACCCCCCUGCGACGGAUCCAGGCUGGCUGGCGCUUGCGCAGGCCGUCUUCAACACGCAGGCGGCGCCGGACCGACAUGACGAUACGUGUGGUGGGGGGCUGCGGUGGCAGAUCCCGCCGACGAAUGUUGGCUAUGAUUACAAGAACUCGAUUGCCAACGGCAUCUUCUUCAACCUGGGGGCGAGGCUGGCGCGGUACACGGGGAACACGACGUAUGAAGACUGGGCGGUCAAGACGUGGGACUGGAUGCAGGGCGUGGGGCUGAUCUCUGACGACUACAAGGUGUAUGAUGGCGGUCAUGUCGAGGACAACUGUACGACUAUCGAUAUGGUCCAGUUCUCGUACUGUGCUGCUGUCAUCCUCGAGGGCACUGCCUUUAUGUACAACCAUACAAACGGCUCCGACAUAUGGAGCGAGCGUCUCCAAGGCCUCGUCAACACAACAAUCUCCUGGUUCUUCCCCAACGGCACGGCCGUCGAACCUUCAUGCGAGCUGGCCGACAAGGUCACCUGCGACACCGACAUGCUCUCCUUCAAGGGCUACCUGCACCGCUGGCUGGCCACAUCCACGCAGCUCGCGCCCCUCGUGCGCAAUCAGGUCCUCGCGACCCUGCGCACCAGCACUGCCGCCGCCGUGGGCAGCUGCACCGACGGCGUCGACAACGGCAACGGCGUGAGCACGGCAACAUGCGGGUUUCGAUGGACUACGGGAACCUACGACGGGCAGACGGGCGCGGGCCAGCAGAUGAAUGUGCUCGGGGCGCUGACGAGUCUUCUUGUGGCGGUGGACCCGGCGGGCGAGACGUCGGCGCCGGUGACGAAUAGCACGGGCGGCACGAGCGCGGGGAAUUAUGGGGCGGGAGGAAAUCCCAGCUCGCACGGGGGCGAGGUUGUGAUAGGAGUCAAGGACAAGGCUGGCGCAGGGAUUAUUACGGCUGUGGUGCUGCUGGCGUUUAUUCCGACCAUGGCGUGGGCGAGCUCGGGAUGGUCGGAGGGUUCUCUUGUCUUUAAGAGCUUGUAG